AAAUUUUGCAAAAUCAAAAUAUUUCAUUUGAGUAAUUAUUUUAUGAAAAGUGUGAAUUUAAAUAGAAUAUAUUAAUUCUAUUCUAGCUUGUAUGUAACAUAACAAUACGACAGAUAAAUAAUGGAAGAACUCAAUAAUAAAUUACUUUCUAAGGAUCAAACUGUAAUAUCUUCGUUAAUAUCGAAAUUAGUUGAGAAUAUAGCGAAAAACUAUGAGGGAAGGAGAGUUGAAUCUGCACAAUUUUGUUUCUUACAAAGUAAAGUUGUGAGUAUGGACAGCAAAGUCAAUGAAGUAGCUGCAGAAGGUAUCUUGAAGCUCUUGAAGGAAGGAAUACUGGAUUCGAAUAAGCUACUAGAAGAUUUCAUAACCCUCAUUCCUAAUAAUAAAAUAAGUAAAGGAGUGGUUAAAAUAAUUUGUGGAGUCUUAUACUAUGAGUUUUUGAAAAACGGAAAAAAUUCCCCACAGAAAUUUAACAUGUAUCAACCUCAACAUCCCUUUAUUACUAUACUCGUAAAUAAUUCAGAGUGCUUUACGCAUAUUUAUAAAGAAUUAAGGUUUGCUUCAAAGGACCCAUCCUGGAACAUGUGGAAUUAUUCAUUUUAUCAAUAUUGUUUUUGUAAUCCCAUAAACAAGAAACCUAAGUUUCAUAAAAUGAAACUAUGGAUUAAUCUUUUGUUGUCGAGUCAAGAUGAUGAAUUGAUUAUCAAAUUGAUUAAUUGGUUACCUCUCGAUCCAGCAGGCUCCCUGCUAGUUUCUGCUGAGUUGCUGAAUGAACUAUCACAUUUUAGCAGCAGGAGCAAAAUUGACACAGAAAUCAUUCUGAUGUUGCAAGUGAGUGCCUUAUUCAAAUUAGUUUCGAAGAAUCAUGAUCCCAGGGACACAAUUUCAGCUAUUCGACUUUUAUUGGAUCAAAUAGAGCAAAUUAAUUGUAUAGAUCCCAUACUUCUUAUUUUGGUUAAGGCUGUAACAAGAGCUUUAUCAACUCACUCUUUGGAUAUUUUACAAAUCUGUGAACUCUUAAUUAAUCGACCAAACGUGAAUUAUUUUGUUUUACAAUCCAUCAAAGUUGCUAUCCUCCACUGGAUUGGAAAUCCGUCAAGUUUGAGUGCAGAUGUUUGUUCCAAAGCAGAUGAAAUCUACAUAAACAUCGAUAAUCUCUUGAGAAUGAAACGAACUGUAGAAUCUUCUAAUCUCAGACAAAUUCACGAGAGAUAUCACGACAUUAUUUCAACAAACCAAGAGUUGUGUACUGCAUUUGAAGUGAUGGCUGUAUGCGAGUCGUGGAAGACUAAAGAAUCCAUUUUAGAGUUUUUAAAAAAAGUUGAGGUUUCGGGAGAUCAAUUCAUCCGAAAAGUAAUCCAUGUAGUUUUUGGGUUAUUCAUUUGUGACUUGAACGAUUGUGACAUUACCUUGGCAGCUUUCAAGAUCAUAUGUACUUACCUAGAAAAUUUUAAGAAGUUCAGUCAUUUAGUACUUACUUUGACAUUGUACAAUUUAUCGAAUACCUCUAAUCCUAAGGUUCAUUUUGAACUAUUUAAGUAUUUAACUAAAUUAGCUAAUAUGAGGGAAAAUUAUCGGAAAGUUGUGACAACCAUAAAAGUAGUACACAGCAGUUCAGAUAAUGCAUUAAAAACAUUCGGAAUGAGACUCAUGUUUGAUUUAUGGAAGACUGACAAAACUGCUUAUCCUUUGCUGGAAGAAAUGCUUACCGAGGAGGAACCAACUGAACAUAAAUGGGAAUAUUAUGUCAAUAAGGCACUUAUAAUAAAACAAAUUUGUGAGAUCAACUCUAAGCUUUAUGGGGAGGAAAUGGUAGCGCAUUUGUCGAGAAUAUUGAAUAAGUGUUCCGAAGCAGAGGGUGAAUUGGCAUCUUCAAUUGCUAUAGAUGCCAUAUCUGUCCUAUGCAGUGAAGGUAUUAUAGAUAUCAAAACUACCUGGAUGACAUUAGCGCCAAAAUAUUUGACUGACAAAAGAACAAAAACGGUAAAAAGUAUGUGCGGUCUGGCCUCUGCCAUAUCCAGUUUAAUGCACCCAGAACACCAUAAGGAUUUACAGAAGGAGGUUAUCUGCACAAUUUGGGAUUAUGCAGUUAAUAAUGCAGAUAUCGAGGUGAAAAAAGCUGCUCUCAAUUCCUUGGCUGAAUUCGGUCUGGAGAACAUUUCUCCUCAUUUUCCAGAGCAAUAUCUGAAUGAAGAUUCUGCCUCCAAGUCUGAUAUUGUACCUCAACUUGUUCCAGGUAUUUGUUGGAUUAAUUUCCUGAAGGAUCAGACCGAUUUAUCUGUAGUUGGCGAUUUCCUAAUAAAAAUGAUCAAAAGAGAGGUGGACGAAUAUCCAAAAUACGUAUAUCAUAUCGCUUCCAAAAAAGAGCCUAUCGAUUAUUCACUUUUACCAAGUCAUAGCUUAGUUAGAGGUGUUGUCAUGUAUUGUACUACACAGAUGAACAAAUGGAAUGGACUAUACAAACACGUCUUCAUUGAAUGCAUGAGAAUACUAAGUCAGGAAUACAGUAAACCUUUACCUCCUUAUAACUGGGCGUUUCUUCAUCAGCUCUUCAAUGAGCCAGAAUUGAAAAGUUAUUGCAUAACAAUCGCUUCACAUCAGGUCAUGAUAUCAGGUACUGCCAGACGAUUUGUAGAAAAUUAUAUUGAAACAUUGAUUGGAGAUUAUGAGGAUCUUGAAGGAGCGUUACUUAUCUAUGGAAACUUGAAAUUCUUAGCGAAUAGUAUACAACCCACGAUAUUCGAAAGAUUUUUUAACAGCACCUUGAACUAUGCGCAACAUUUGAAGACUGAUAAAAAAAACGAAGAAUUCAUCAUUUCGCUAAUCGAUGCUCUCAAAGAUGUAUUGGCCAAUCCUGCUGUUCAAGAUAUUAGUAAAAAGGUCAUAGUGUCUUAUAUAGAUGCUACAUUAGAAUCGUUUAAUGAAUCAGAUGAGAUCUUUGAUAUAUUCUUGAAUUGUGUUCCUUGUUACCCUCCCGAUUUACUGAAAAACGUCACUGCAUUACCCAUACCAGAAAAAAUGACUGAUGAACUCUAUCAGAAAGCAGUAAAAAUAAGAUGCAAACUUGCUCUUAACACUAAGGAAAAAUUGAAAUGGUUGGACGAUUUGGUUGAUAGAGACAGAGUGAACACAAAGUGCAAUUACCCCUUAGAGGAAUUCCUCAAAAUAUUCAUACAACAGAAAAAUCUUGGAGAAUGCAUUCAAUGGACGAUAGAUCUGAUAGGUAGGAUCGAGGUUGCUGUUGCAGAUAAUUCUGCUCAAUCAUACAUAAUAUUCCUUAUGGAGGUACUUGUAAUUGUGAUAGUAGCCUUUUCUGGUUUCCACAUUUUCACUUGUUCACAUUUGGACAUAAAUCAGUAUUUGAAAUUGUUACCCCCGGCAGCUGAUAUUCUGUUGGAGAUGAAGGAAUGGGCUCAUGAUAGUUCGAAGGUACUAGAAUGCUUCUACUAUUUAAGUUCCAAUAAAGGAGGGUCAAUUCCAGAGAAUUUUCAGACUGCAUUCAGACAAACGUUGCAAGCUCUCAGACAUCAUGUAGAAUUCAAAAGAGAACAUAAAUGGAUGAAAUACCUUAAUGCUGAUAUCAAUCUUAGGACUAUCCAAUAAAGAUUCCUUUCAAA